GUGACCCCAAACUGAUUGUAAUCCGUGCCUUUACGCUGUUAUAAAGCAUUGAUGUGACUCUGUGCCGUUAUCGUCAAAGGAAGUGUGGGUUUCAAUUUGGAUGUUUGCAUUGCAGUUACAUUAUACGAUCACUUUAUGAAACUAUGAAUCCUGCGACUAUACCAACUCCCGUUGAAGACAUACACGGCGAUGGAAGGUGGAUAAGUAUGCACAAGCGUUUCCUGAUGGAAACAAAAGAAAAGGAACCAGAUGUUGUAUUUAUUGGUGAUUCUCUAAUACAGAGAUUGGUUCACACUGAAAUGUGGAACAACUUCUUUGCUCCCAUGCAUGCUCUGAACUUCGGCAUAGGUGGUGAUCAGAUACAGAAUGUUUUAUGGCGGGUUGAAAAUGGAGAACUGGAUCACAUUAAUCCCAAGGUGGUUGUGGUGCUUGCAGGAACAAAUAAUUUUCAUUGCACUGCAGAACAAAUUGCAGAAGGAAUAAUGGAAUUAGUACGAGUGAUUCGUGAAAAACAACCUGAUGCAUACAUUGUUCUACCGACAUUGCUUCCAAGAGGACAAAAUCCCAAUCCCUUGAGAGACCGUAAUGCUGAAGUAAAUAAAUUAGUGCAUUCCAAAGUUUCUGCAGUGCCAAAGUGUGAGACUGUUGUAAUUGACAAGGGAUUUAUCCAAUUAGAUGGCACAAUCAGUCAUCAUGACAUGCACGAUUAUCUUCACCUAACAAACUCUGGCUACUGUAAAGCAUUUGAGCCAGUGUAUGAGUUGUUAACACAGCUGUUAACAGAGGGAGAGACUGAGAAGGAUCUGACACCUUCAGAGUGAAUGAAGAGUAAAUUGUGUGUGUCUCGCAAAUGUCAGCAAGACCCCGGUUCAGGUCAUGCUGUUGAUAAGAAGAAGUGAGCUUCUGUUCAGAAACACAGUACAUGCACAAGUGUCUGAAGAUCUGACCAUUCUUCCUGUGAAGCAUGAUUAUAUCCAGAUAAAGUGGUUCUCAUACUGGAGAAAGAAUGGCAGAAUGAUACAUAACUUUAAUUUAAUAUUGUGUAUAAAGAUACAAGUUUCCUUCACUAUGGGGUUUUUAACCCCAUGAAAAUUUAAGAUGUACUUCUGAAAUAUUUUCUUAAUUUGUUUAUUUCAAUGGAUUCUACAAAAUGGCCCUAUUUAAAAAAAUGAGCAAGAUUUUAUAAAUGUUUUUGAAACAGUUCUCUGCAGUGUAUGGAUAAAAGUGAAAAUAAAUCCUCCAUUAAAGGUAAAUUCCAAUUUCUCAUAACUGAAGCAUAAGCUCAUAAUUUAUAAAGAAUUGUUGCAACUUAGGUUUGUGCCUCAACACAGUAGAAUAUCUAGGAUUUACUUUCAGUGGGUGUUUUGGAAAAUCAUCCAUCAAGUGCUAUAUCAAGAUUAUGUUUGAACUGUACUUCUGGUAUAUAUGUAGAUUUGUUUAUUGCCAAUGCAGUCUUUUCUUACCAAGUUUGUCAGAACACUUUUCUUUGGUGUCAUCUUUGAUAUUUUGUUGUGGGUGUUGAUUUGAACCCAUAAAACAUCCCUAUAAUAAAGGCUUUGUGUCAGAAACAGUUUCUGAUUUGAAGCAGGCUCAUUUUCAUGACACUGGACUCACGAGUAGCUGGAAGUAAGGAACCGUCUUUCCUUUGCACAGUGGGCCAGGAGACUUGCAGAGGUUGUGCAGUUGACAAUGUGUGGUCAUAUAACAUUCUACAUCAUUGUGCAAAAUUUGAAUAGAAGCUCAGGUCAUUGUUUAAAAUUUGCAUUAUUAUACAACAUUGAGUUAAGAAAUAUUUAUUAGUUUAAAUAAAAAUCAGCUUCUAGUAACACUAUCUUGAUACUAUUUAGAUAGAUUGUAAUCCCAACUAAUAUCCUUUUCUUAAAGCACAGUAAAGUUAUUUUACAGUACUUAAUGUUGAAAUAAGGAACUGAGACCUGGAGCUAGUAUGUGGGAGGAACACUAGCUCCAUAUAUCUUAUGAGCUAUUUAAAUAUCAAGAAGGUAAGUAGUUUCUUAGCUCCUUAACCUAUGGCACUAGGAGACAAGAAGAAAACAGUAAUUUCUUUGAGCAAACACCAAGAAUAUUUAUUUGAACAAGCAUUUUCAAGUGUCUGUUAUUAAUAACAUUAUAAGUUACUGGUGUAAAAUAAUUGCCUUGUCUUGUCAAAUUGUGGUGCCAACAGAAUUGUCAGAUGACUGUUCGGUACCACUUGCUCACACUUUAAUACAGGCCAGUACAUUACAGAAGACUGCUGCCACUAAGCCUUAUGUACAGCUUCUUUGUUAGGAGGAUUUGCUUUGUAGCUUUACUCUGGAUUCUGCACUAGGCAAGUUACAUGACAUAAGUAUACAGUAGGUAGAAUCCUGCAUAAGUAACAAUAAAAUUAAUUUUGUAUGUAUGAAAUGCACUCCUAAAGGUACAUGAACAUUGACAUCAAAGAUGCAGUUACUCUAACAGUUCAUAAUGUACAAAAGAUGUGCACUCAUGCUUCCCAUCUCUGUUUAUCAUAAAAGAACAGCUAGGACAAUUCUGCAUGUUCAUUUUUUAUUCUGUAGGAUUUUAUCUGUAAACUUUACCCAAUUAUUGAAACAGAUUGUGAAAACUAAAAAAGAAAAUGUCUCAUUUGUAAUCUGUAACAACACAGAAACAUGAAUUUCCAAACACAGAUUUUAAUUUUAGCAGAGUGCAGGAGUUGCAGAUAUCAGCAUAAUUCACGAGAAGUUUUAAAAAUAAAAAUAUUUGAGGCCCAUGUCAUCAAAAAUGGAUACAUUUUUAAUGAGUGUUUCUUGAACAGCAAAAUAACAAAAUGAAUGUAAAUUCUGCAGUUUAUUUUUAUAUAAUCUUUCACUUCUGUUCCUCCACCUUCAUCAUCUCUUCCUGCUCCCUGUCUUCUUUUCUUUUCUGUGAGGCAGCCUCAUAGCAGAAAUGAACAUUAAUUUGUUCUUGCUGUAGAGGAUUUGAAUUGUCUCUUGUUAAUUGAUAAUGUGUAAUGUCCUGAUCUGAAUAUUCAUAGGCUGAGUAGUCAUAAUACUGUACUGCAUUUGCAGAAUUCAUGUUUUUAAAAUUACCUUGAAUUCUAGGUAAAAAUACAGAUAAGCCUACCUUCAAGUGAGCAGUUAUUUGGAAGUUUCUGACUUAUGUGAGUGUUUGAAUAUGGAUAUAUGAAGCAGUCAUGCAAGGUGUUGAGAUGCCGUGUUCAGGACUAGAAAAAGUAUGAAUGUAUAUAUGCCACUCUGUCAAAUGUCAGUGUUGCCCACUACUAAGAGACAUAACCCAGAUCAUCAGUCUAAACUAUCAACAGUACAUAAUACAGGUUAAUCAUAAAAUCAUGCAACGCAUUGGACUAAUGUUCUCAUAGACAAAUGUAAAUUAUUUAUGCAAGUAUAUCCUGUGGCACUGUUGGUACAUUCCGGUGUACAGAGAGUAGAACACAUGAGCUAGAGUCAUUUAUGCAUUAAUUGACUUUAAUAGUAAAAAUGAUUUAUUCAUAAGAGUAGCAUGAUUGUGUUCAUUACUGUUUAUUAUGAUGUCUAUAAGUUUCCAUAUUUUCUGGUGUGGCAGUAUUCUGUCUCAGUUGUUACCAUGGUAUAAAGCAAAGCUAGAGAAAACUGAAAGAAAGAUGAUGCCAUUUUGUGAACGUGCAUGCUCAAAUGGAUAAUCUGUAUAAUUUUUCAAAUAAGUCUACCUGUCUUGUUUGUUGCAUGAUUUUUUUUUGGCAAACUGUAUAUUUCACAUGUAAUGUUGGCAGUAUCAGACAGAAUCGAUUUAUGAUGAUCAUUGUCAUUGAUCUGCAUAUGUUGAUUGCUGUAUUCAUGAAAAUAUGCUGUUAUGCAAUUAAAUCUUAUUAUAACACACUUAUGCACUGAAGGAAAACGUGUAUAAUGAAGUAAACUUAUUUCAUAUUGUGCCAAGCAUCAGUUCUGGAUAGAACUUAGGUUUCUGUUUUUCUGUAAAUGCUUCUCUGUGUUAAAUGAAUGUGGAUGAAAUUAAAUUGUGUACUGAAUGUGUCUGAAUGGUAGAUAGGCUGCUAUUUAAGGUUUCUCUGUUAAGGUCCAUCUACAGUUUAUAAGACUUGAAUUUUGAAAUUUUAAUGAAUUAAAUGAAAAGUUUUGGGUUUUGUAUAGAAAUUCAAAAGAGUAGGUAUGAAGAUACACCAAGUGUGAGCCUCCUUAUCCAGGGAGGGUAUAAAAGAAAUCUUUUCUUAGCUAUGAAAACUAUUUAAAAAAGUUCUUGUCCUAUGAAGUAAUGGUAUUAUCAGAAUUUUUUUAUGAACAGUCAUUAGUGUCUUACUGAUCAUUUGUGGCUGCAAGAUACCUGCUUUUACUUGGCCACUGAUUUAGACCUUGCUACUAUUUAUAUUUUUCGUGAUAGUACCUGGAUGCUGUUUGAGAUCUGGCCACUAUUUACAGCUCCUGUGCUAUCACUGCCUAAUCUUUACAAAUUUUGUGUUAAUACCUGGUUACUACUUGAUGUUCAGGCAGGCCUUGCAGUCUCUUUGCUAGUAUAUGGCUACAAUUCAAACCUGCUUUUUAUGUCAGCUCUACAAAUUUCAGGAAAGGUUUAUGGUAAUGUAGUGGCCUGCAUGGAAUUUUGAUUAUCUGAAAAUUUCCUGAUAUGACCUCAAGAAUUUUGUUCUUUCACCAUUUUCAUAAUUUUUAGCCCUCAAGAGAAGAAACAACACAGAAGUAAACAAAUGAAAGAAAUGCAAAUAAAGAAUGAACCAAUUAAUGAAAUUUAAAUAAAGAAUGAACCUGUUUUAAGAUUUCUCUGUUUGCUGCCUGCUUCAGGCUGGUUUCUUCUUCAACCUUGAAGAUGGAGAUAGUAUGUUCCCCUGAAACAUUAGUUGACUUUCACUGGACUAUGUGCUGUUGCAUCACAGAAGACAGAAUUUUUCCAUCAGUUCUGAAUUUGUGGGUAUAUGGAUUAUCUUUUCUAUACAAAAUUUGAAUUCCCCACCUGUAAGGGUGGAUCAUUUAUUAUUAUGAAAAUGAAAAUAAAAUACAGAUUUUUUUGUAGUUGCCAUGUGUUUAUCUGACAUUCUUAAUAAAAGUAAUUUGACACUGUUGUCUAACAUUCUUCUUUCUGGGGUUUUUGCCAGGCUGUCAUGUUGUAAUUAAUUACUGAUGGCAGAGAGUUGAAGAUUAGAAUGUGAGUUGAUUGCCAUUGUUACACCAUAUGUAUCAAGUUUCAUUAAAAUGAUAAUUGGUUCAAAUGCUAUUUGCAAGACUAAGAUACACAAACAUGUUGAAACCAUAAACUUUACUUCCCAUGGAAAGUAAUAAAUUUUGGCUAAAAUACCAUUAGCCAUUCCAAGUAUUUCAUAAAAACAAAGUUAGUUUUGAGCAGAAAACAAAUGGUAUUGAAUUGAUUCUUGAUAUUUUGUUUGUGUUGUAAAAUUUAUCUGCACAUUUAUCAUUACUGCCAAAACUAUUAUUUAUCUGUACUAGAGAAUUUCGAUCAUUUUAUGCCACUGAAAAAUAUCACCAUGGCACUGGGUAUGAGGAUAUUUGUGUGUUAUAGUGAGGUUUGGAUGUACAGUAUUUUUGUGGAAUGAGAAUACUAUAGUUUCAUGUUCACUAUGCUUAUGAAGUAGGUUUGAUUUUCAUUGCUUGAGGCUUCAUGCAGGGACAACUUUGCAAUACAUUUACAUGAUUAUAUGUAAUUCACAGUAACCGUUUUAUUUUAAUGUGAUACUUGCAAAUUAUAGAGAACCCUCAACUAUCUGCAGUAAUGGAGAGGAGAAGUACUAUGAAUAAUUAAGAACAGAGGAUAUUGAUACAUAAUUACCUCUGUUUGAAGUUAAAACGUGUAAUAAACUGCACGCAGGAGCUUAGUGGGCAUGCUAAGCAGUUAUACAAAUAUCCUUAACAAUUUUUUUACUACUUUCUGGAUGAUAGCCCAUUUCAUAUCUUCAGUUGCUGAUCCAGCAUCAUAAAACUGCUGUCAGCACAUUGUGACAGUUGCAUGGAGUUCAUCUAUGUACGUACUUCUGUUAUUAAUAUUUGUCACUUACAGUAGACGUGUACAACACAUCCUGAAUACAAGUCAACCAUUGUAAACAAAUGAACUGAUGUAGCUUCAGACACUGACAACAGGAGAGCAGACAUGUAGAUAUGGAUUUAUUGGAUACAUAACUAUGAAAGUGGAAUAGUCCCCCUUAACCCCUUUACUGUCACAAGACGUUAGAACAGCUGUCAGCACUGUAAUAUGACUGAAAUGGAUUGAUCCUUUGUUAGUAGUUUGUUACUUAAAAGGUUACUUACAAGCAAAAUGGCAGGAAUGCAAAUUAUAAUUCCUUCUGUUUGUAAUGGCAUGUGUUACAUGACAUAUCCAUAUGAAACAGCCCGUGUGUAUGUACUGAUAACAAAUGUAACUCAGUUAUAAACAGUGAAACAGUGAAAGAUUAAAUCCUGCUUACAUUCUGAAUCAUCACAAUCCUUUGCUAUAAUUUCUCAUACAUAUAUUUUCAUUAUCUUGCUGUUUUCCAAAAUGUAAUGUGCAUUGAUUUUCCUUCAGAUGGAACCCUAAAAUUGGUUAUGAACUAUGUUCUCAAUUGUUCAAUUUUGUUGGGUCAUUUAUUGAGAUUGUUUUAUUUUGUUGUGUUCAGCAACAGCAGUGAGAACAAUGUUUGUGAUGGUGAUGAUAAAAAUUUGUCAGAAAAUGUAAUGCAGUGGUACAUACUUCAUUUUUGAUUGAUUUUGUAUUACUGACACAUAAGAAACCAAUGAAAGAUUUUUUAAACAUGUCUCUUACAUCCAUAAUUGUUUAGUGUAUGUAUAAACUGUUAAUUUGUUUAAUACAACUGAUAUGUAAAACAGUUCUUCUCCCUUUAAUUUAUCUUCAGAAUUGGCUCAAGUUUCAGUCUGGGAGAAUAUUAUAUAUGAGCAUGACAUAAUAAAUGGCUGUGUAUUGUA